AUGAUCACAGCUGUCCACAGACUGUGUGGACAACACGCUGCAGAUUGGAUUAGAGAUGAUGCAGUUCUGUCCCUUGUCAUAAAGCACAGCAGUUCUGCUUUGCUGCUGCUGUUCAUUGGCGCAGCAACUGUGGCAUCAAUGAGGUUGCUGCACAGAUACCUACAGCAGCCUGGGGGCUGCGUGUCCUCAUGGGAAGCGUGUUGUCAUAGUACUUUCCCUGUACCAGGGAAGUGGGUCAAGUACAACACACAUCUUUCAGCAGCCCAGAGGAAAUUUGCCCAUUCUCUGAGAGACUUCAAAUUUGAAUUCAUUGGUGAUGCAGAGACAGAUGAUGAGCGAUAUAUAGAUGCAUCACUUCAUGAGUUUUCAAAUUUUCUAAAAAAUCUGGAAGAACAAAGAGAAAUUUUGGCGCUCAGUGUUACUGAAACUCUGAUCAAACCUUUGGAAAAAUUUAGGAAAGAACAGCUAGGAGCUGUAAAGGAGGAAAAGAAGAAGUUUGAUAAAGAGACAGAGAAGAACUACAGUUUGUUAGAAAAACAUUUAAAUCUAUCAGCUAAGAAGAAAGAACUCCAGUUACAAGAGGCAGACAACCAGGUGGAGCAGAACAGAAAACACUUCUAUGAGCUGUCCCUCGAGUAUGUGUGCAAGUUGCAAGAGAUACAGGAACGGAAGAAAUUUGAAUGUGUGGAACCUGUGUUAUCAUUUUUUCAGGGUUUGUUCACUUUCUACCAUCAGGGAUAUGAACUUGCCAAAGACUUCAAUCAUUACAAAAUGGCCCUACAGAUAAAUAUACAAAAUACAAGAAAUCGUUUCGAAGGUACAAGGUCAGAGGUAGAGGAUCUCAUGAACAAAAUCAGAAGGAAUCCUCAGGAACAUAAAAGAGUAAAUCACUUCACAAUGGAAGGCUAUCUUUAUGUACAGGAAAAAAGGCCUGCCCCCUUUGGCUCCAGUUGGGUGAAGCACUAUUGUACCUAUAGGAAAGACACAAAGAAGUUCACAAUGAUUCCAUUUGAGCACAGGUCAGGAGGGAAAGUUGGUGAUGAGGAGCUCUUCAUCCUUACCUACUGUACCAAAAGGAAUACAGACACUACAGACAGGCGAUUCUGUUUUGACUUAGAAGCAUCAGACAGACCUGGUAUUCCUGUGACCAUGCAGGCCUUUUCUGAGGAAGACAGGAAGCUGUGGAUGGAAGCUUUGGAUGGAAAGGAAGCUUUGUUCAUCAACUCGAAUAGAGCAAAUGCAAACCGGGAGGGAAGUGCGCAACUGGAUAAGAUAGGCUUCACCAUCAUCAAGAAGUGCAUCAGUGCUGUUGAAACACGAGGUAUAAAUGACCAAGGAUUGUACAGAGUUGUGGGAGUGAGUUCAAAGGUCCAGAGACUACUGAGUUUGUUGAUGGAUGCAAAAACCUGCAAUGAAGUUGAUCUGGAAAACUCUGCAGACUGGGAAGUGAAGACAAUUACUAGUGCUAUGAAGCAGUACCUGCGAAGCCUUCCAGAGCCCCUAAUGACGUACGAGUUACAUGGAGAAUUCAUCGUUCCUGCCAAAAGUGGGAGUCCAGAUUCUCGAGUUAAUGCCAUUCACUUCUUGGUCCAUAAACUUCCAGAAAAGAACAAGGAGAUGUUGGACAUUCUGGUGAAACAUUUAGCAAAUGUUUCAAAGCAUGCCAAGAAGAAUCUAAUGACUGUAGCAAAUUUAGGAGUAGUAUUUGGACCAACCUUAAUGAGGCCACAGGAAGAAACUGUAGCAGCCAUCAUGGACCUGAAGUUUCAGAAUAUCGUGGUCGAAAUCCUCAUAGAAAACCAUGAGAAGAUUUUCAAAACUCUGCCUGAUGCCGCUUUCCCUGAGCCAAUCUCUACGUCAGUAUCUCCUCCAAAUGCCCCACCAAGGCAAUCAAGAAGACAAGGGCAACGUAAUAAGAGGCCUCUGGCUGUGUACAAUCUUUGUCUUGAGCUGGAUGAUGCUGACAGUCACAGCUUUCCCAAAGAGGACACUCCGACAGGCAGUAUGGAUUCACUUUCUUCCCAGUCUCCUACGCCAGCGUUUUCCAGCAGCCCUCCUGGCCUUCUGGAGAGAAAUCACCUUAUUAUGGACAGUGGAGAUCUUGCAGACUGGACAGCAAAUCACCCUGGUCAAAGUCGCUCAUCGAUGGUCUCGUGGAUGAACACUCCAUCUCCUAGCACAGCUGCUACAAAUACUGCACCUUCUUUCUCCUUCCUUAACCCUGCCACAGCGAGUGACAGAGCAGUGGAAAGUGUUGUCUGCCGAAAAGCAGUAGCAGUUUAUCCAUGUGAAGCAGAACAUAGCUCUGAAUUAUCAUUUCAGAUAGGAGCAAUUUUUGAAGAUGUGCAAUUUUCCAGAGAACCAGGAUGGCUAGAAGGCACGCUGAAUGGCAAGAGAGGACUUAUUCCACAAAAUUAUGUUCAGUUUUUAUAGCUCUGUGCAUUGAACGCCAAGAAGGUGUACAUGGUAUCCAUGGAUUUUUGUUAUAGUCACUUCUCUCUGCUCCUGUGACUGUCUUUAAUCAACAAAGAGCCUGAUUAUGGGUUGAAGAUCCUAAUCUGUAUAAAGACAUUAAGUGUUGCCAAAUAUGAAUUACAAAUAGAAGCUUCUU